AUGACUUCUACCUUUGCCCCGUACAGCUCUCUCUUUGAGAACCCCCAGGGUCCUGGAGAUGCGCGGCCUACAGCUCUCAAGGUCGUCGAAGACGAGGGCCGUGUGAACAACAUGACGGACAAGGUCAUGUUGGUCACCGGCUGCUCCUCUGGCAUCGGCAUCGAAACCGCGAGGGCUCUGCACGCCACGGGCGCCACACUGUUCAUGCACGUGCGUGACCUCAAGAAAGGCGAGGCCGUGGUCAAAGACAUCCUCGCCACCAGUCCCGGCAAGGGCAAGAUCGAGCUCCUCCGCUUCGACCUGGACUCGCUCGACUCGGUGCGCGCCGGUGCCGCCGAGUUCCUGAAGAAGAGCGACAAGCUCAACGUGCUCGUCAACAACGCUGGCGUCAUGGCCACGCCCGAAGGCAAGACGAUCGACGGCUUCGAGACGCAGUGGGCCGUCUGCCACCUCUCGCACUUCCUCCUGACCAACCUGCUCCUGCCCACCCUCCUCGCCUCCAGCACGCCCUCGUUCGCCUCGCGCGUCGUCAACGUCAGCAGCACCGGCCACCGCUUCGCGCGGCCCAACCUCGACGACGUCAACUUCGCCACGACGCCCUACGAGCCGUGGCUCGCCUACUCCAACGCCAAGUCGGCCAACAUCUGGACCGCCAACGCCCUCGAGCGCCGCUACGGCGCCCGCGGCCUGCACGCCCUGUCGCUGCACCCGGGCGGCAUCUCCACCGGCCUGCAGGUCCACCUCGACCCGGCCCUCGUCGCGUCGUGGAGCAACCCCGAGAUCCUGCGCACCACCCUCAGCCCCGCCCAGGGCGCUGCCACCCAGGUCUGGGCUGCUAUCGGAAAAGCCUGGGAGGGCCGCGGCGGCAAGUAUCUCGAGGACGUGCAGCUGCAGGAGAAGCAGGCUGCCAUGUCUGGGAAUAUGGCUGAGAAGGGGUAUGCCCCCUGGGCGUUUGACGAGGAGAGCGAGGAGAAGUGUUGGAAGAUUAGUAAAGAGAUGGUCGGCUUGAAGGAGGAUGUUUGA